AUGGCAAGGCUCACUGAUGAUGCCGACUACGAUGCCGGCGAAAUGUUUAAGAAUGUAUCCAGUCAACUGUCAGAUCCUGGGAAUCAAGACAACUACUAUGGCAGACGACUUCGGACUAGAGGAAUCCACCGUCGUCUUCUGGUGAAACCGACCCUCGAAUCUCUUCAUCCAGCACUCUUACUCGAAAUGAAAAUACAUACUCAAUGCAUGCUCUCUAGUAUCGACAUAGAUCUGAACAACUUAUUGGACAAUGAGCCCAGCACUCUUCUCUCUCCUCAUUCUCUUGCUCAUUCUCCGUUCAGUCGACCCUCUUCUUCAUCCGCAGUUAAUGCAAAGACCUCUGCAACAGGCAAGACGUCCAUCUCUGGUCAAGCGUCACCUAGCAGGCUUUCUGAUUUACGAUCCUGCUUCUUUGGCAGUGGACCAGACCCCGUCACCUCAACCACUGUUGCUUCUUCUCCAUUCGGCUGCAUUCUCCAGCAUCAUAUCAGACAGUUUGCUGCCGCUAACCAACAAAACCAGCACCAACUUUCUGCGACGAUACCUACUAAAAAGGCGGAGAUUAGUCCUGCAGUGCCAAUCACGACUUCAAAAACUCAAAAUGAUAAUUUUAUUAAGCGUGGUGACUCAUUAUCGAAGGCCCAAGAGGUUUGUGUUCAUAUUUGUGUUUACUUUUUAAUACGAAGAAAAGUUGGGUUUCGAGGCAUCUCUUGGCCUACUUUAAAUGAAAGUGUGUGA